AUGCCGCAUAAUCCGUUUCUCGUACCUCCCCGGACCUCGAGCAUCAAUGUCGGUACCGGCGACAUUGGCAGCAACAACAGGAGGGACCCCAGGACUCGCUCCAUGCACAAGGCCCAGAAAAUUCUAGGAACGACAGAUAUUGCCCUCGAUAGCGAUUACCACAGACGGUCCGAUAAGAGAACGAGCAGAAGUGCCGGAUAUCUGAAUGCACGGGGAAGCAAACAGAGGAUCGACGAAGAAGAUGGGUUACGGCCUGCGAGUCUUCGAAUCCAGUCGUCUUCGCCGCAACUUGGUCAGGAGUACCGAGACCCAGCUGAUUCGACUUCGACGCUUGCCCAGCUGUCCAGGAAGCUACACCUACCUGGCUCAUCUUCUGGCUUGAACUCUCGGUCCGGCUCUCGAGGCAAUACUGCCGAUUCGAGCACCAGCCCCGGCAUGGGUCAUGGUGUGGCUACGGAUAGUUGGACCAACCCGGAUAGCGGUCUUAACCCAGCGUUCAAACAGCCCAAAGGACCGAUGAAGGACUCGAAACGGAAGACGCGGCCCCCAAGGAUUGACCUCUCUUUGCUGUUUCCCAAACCUCAAACAGCUUCCACGAAUCUUCUAUCACCGCAACGCAUGGUAACAUCACCGUCUGCCGUCUCCUUCACCUCCGAAAUCACUGCUGAGAACUCUACACUCAAGGCACACAAAUCGGAAAGCCGUCUAGCUGGGAAGAAACUUACAAAGGCACCCCCACGACCAAGAGCAUUGAGUCGUCCAGAAGUCAAUUCACAACCUCUCGAUGAACUCUUGAGUCCAUUAGAACCAGUUCGCCCGCCAUCCGUGUGCAAUAAUCCUUCCAUGGAGAGGACAGUGCGCACCACCGAUAUGGACCGGGCAUUGAUGAAGAACCUCGACGCCGCACCGACCCCGCGAUCCCCGGAGCGUGCGUUUCAUUACAACCAGAAGAACUUUAGUCGCGGCAGGGAACAGCUCCUGCGGAGUGAUUCUAGUUUUGCGACAGCCAGGUCUGGAGAAUCGGCACAUUCGUCUCAGCGGACCUUGCGAGACCCUGCGUUGACCAGGAAACAAAAGGUCGGCAGCGAAAUGGGCCUCUCAUCAUUCCAGUUUGGUUUGCGCGAUGGAAUCCCUCGAAGUAAGGGCAAUCCCAUGUCCAAGAAGGGGAGCAAGAGCACUCUGAAGAACCGGGACUUGACUACUUCGAGUGUGCUGUGUCUUUCCUCCUCCGAUGACGAAGACGAAGAGCCACAACCUGUCAAGCCUCAAUUCAAAACGGCCAAAAACAGGAGGGAUAGCGUCAGUACUUAUGGAGGCUACGAGGCUGAGAUAUGCACUGCUGCUGCUGCGCACACUAUCAGAGGGACAUUGAGGAGCGUGGAGCGGCCCUCAUCGAGCAACACCAAGGGUUCGCGUGCAAGCUCCAAACACCUUCGAGCUCCAUCGUCGGCACACGGUAAUACCCGACCACGUCGUUCAAGCGGUGUCCCUGCCAUCCUUGAGCCUGAAUUCCUGCACAGCGAUCCCAUUUUCGACCAAACGAAGACGCAGACAAAAGCCUCGGAACUGUCCCAGAAAGAAAUGAAUAGAAGGAGCCGCGUCAUGGCUGUGACUAGACAGGAAGAGCGCCUGCUUGAUCUCAUGAGACAGCGACAUGGCAAGAUCACACCGAGCAUCUUCAACGAGAACUUGGAAGCCGACCGUCGGUCAAUGUUCUCAAACUUCUCCGGCCCUUCCCGGAAUUCGUAUUAUUCCCCAGACACCUCGUUUCUACGCCUCAGCGCUAGUAUCGCCCCCGACUCAGCACGUGCAAGCCAAAUCACGAUGAAAUAUAAGGAUACUGGCGCCUUGACUCCCACAGCCACAGCAUCCGACUCUGAAGAGACUGCUACAAAGUCUAUGCCGUCGCCGCAAACGAGCCUAUACUCAAAGAGCCUGCCUUCCCCUGCUACUAGUGCCACUGCUGCAUCCCCUAUCACGCCUACCCUUCCUCUUCACCGCUUCUCGCCCUUACCGUCCCAAAAGCCUCCCCCGCGUCUACCCCCACCUCCCGUUCCCGAUCUUCAAAGAAGCCAUUCUAGAAGGCGUACGGAUAGCAGCGGCGCGAUUGUCCUGGAGAACACCGCAGAGGAUGCAAGACAAAGCGGCGAGUUUCCUCUCUGGGCACUAGGGUGGGCUAACGACAACAACAACCUGACCGCGGUGCAUUGA